AUGGAAGAAUUUGAGAAGAAGGUCUCACUAAGAGACCCAAUGGAAGAAGACGAAGAAGAAAGGGAGAAGGCAGGAAAGUGCUCGUCGAAAACCGUCGAUUUACUGCGCGAGUUCCUCGGAAUUCAGCAGCGGAGGGCGGAAGCAUACGCGAAGUUGAAAAGAGGGUUUGGGGAGUAUAUGGUGUGUUCAGGGGCACAUGGGGAGUUGGCCUACCAACAAGUUUGCAGUGAGGUGACGCUGGAAUUCAACGAGUGCUCAAAGCAUGUGCUUCGUAUUGAAUCGCUCUUUCUCAACGAUCCCGAUUAUGGCCGAGUUGAUUUGGCCCAUCUCCUCAGAGCUGUCCAAACCCAGGAGAAGCAGAAAUUGAAUUUGACAGCUACAAUUCAGGUGCUGAAGAAGGCUGGUAGACCCUCGGAGCGUCUGGUGAGUCAUGAAAACUGCAGAUUUAAGAAACCAAUGGAGCAUGAGUGUGUGCAUCUCCAUGAGAUAACAGAAGCUGCUGGAACUGAAGAGGCAGAAGCAGAUGCCCAGUAUGAUAAUGAUCUCAAGGAAGCCAUUAGAGGGGUGCAGGAUGCUGUGACCGCUAUAAAUGAGCAUUUGGAAGAAGUCAGAUAUGAAAUUGCUGCCCUUGAAGCUGAGUAA